GAAGAAGAUGACCAUGAGUUGAGUUUAGAGCGAUUUAAUUUUAUCAGUAAUGCACCGACCGAGAUGCUUACAUAUUUUUGCAAUGACAGGUCGAUGAGGUUAUAGCCUAUGAACCAACUGCAAAAUCUAAACAUCUAAAAUGCGUUUAAAUGUCUUGUUAUAUUGCGGUUUAAGGUCAUCUCAGUAACGCAAUCUUUUAAACUCUAUUCAAAUACUUUGCGUUUUACGAAUGUAACUUAGGAUGACAAUGAGGCUGGCUUCAGCACUGAUACUUAAUUCUGGCUUUAGAAUCAGGCGUGAAAUUCAUAGUGGAGUUACAAAAACGUCAUUACUGUGCCGUCGUACUGCAUGCAGCAGGACGGAAAGAGGGUGGGUAAAACCAGUGGGUUUUGACACCGGUGUAACGGCUUACAAUAGUCUUACCAAGAAGAAAGAACCUUUAAUUCUGUCACAAGAAAAAAUUGCUACCUGGUAUAGCUGUGGACCGACUGUUUAUGAUCAUGCCCAUCUGGGUCAUGCGUGUUCAUAUGUCAGAUUUGAUAUUCUCCAAAGGAUAUUAUCAAGACUUUUUGGAAUUAAUGUCAUUCAUGUUAUGGUCAUCACUGACAUUGAUGAUAAAAUCAUACAAAGAAGCCUUGAGGAGAACAUCUCACCCAUCACUCUUGCAAGAAUGCACGAGGAAGAAUUUAAAAAGGAUAUGCUAGCACUGCGGGUUCUUCCUCCCGUAGUAUAUAUGAGGGUGACAGAAAAUAUACCUCAAAUUAUAGCUUUUAUAGAGCGUAUUAUUGGAAAUGGACAUGCCUAUGUCACAAGUCAAGGGAAUGUCUACUUUAACACGAAGUCUAUUAGUCAUCGUUAUGGCAAGCUUGUCAAUCUUGGAGGAAAUGCUGGGGAACAGGGGGUUCAGGACAAAGAGAAUUCAAGAGACUUUGCUUUGUGGAAAGCAUCCAAACCAUUUGAACCUUACUGGGAGUCACCUUGGGGACAAGGAAGACCUGGGUGGCACAUUGAAUGUUCCACAAUUGCUAGCUCAGUGUUUGGACAUCAGCUGGAUAUACACUCUGGAGGGAUUGACCUUGCCUUCCCACACCAUGAGAAUGAAAUUGCCCAGUCAGAGGCAUAUCAUCAGUGUGAACAGUGGGGAAACUACUUUCUACACUCUGGGCACCUUCAUUUAAAAGGAAGUGUAGAGAAGAUGUCAAAAUCCUUGAAGAAUUAUGUAACUAUAAAGGAUUUUCUGGCAUCUUAUACUGCUAAUGAGUUUCGACUUUUCUGUCUUCUGACCAAAUACAGAUCAGCAAUCGACUAUAGUGAUGCUAGCAUGAAUGAAGCCCAAUCUACACUGUCCACCAUCUCUGCCUUCUUCCACAAUGCACAGGCCUACAUGCAGGGCCACAUGCAGUGCCAGCCUGUAGAGGAAGGAUUUCUCUGGGAGAGGUUGUCUAAUACUCAGACCAGUGUUCAUAAAAUGCUUGCCGAUGACUUUGACACACCAAAAGCUGUGGAUGCCAUCAUGAGUCUCAUUUACCAUGGCAACUGUCAGCUUCAGCCUGCUACUAAGGUGGAUGGGCCUAGGAGUCCUGCUGUAUUUGGAGCCAUAAUGUCCUAUGUUAUGGAAAUAAUGAGUGUUUUUGGAGUGGAUCUAUCAGACAAAACGGAAGUCCAAGUUUCCUCUGGAGUUUUGAAUAAUGUUGUGGAGGAGUUGGUUCAUUUUCGGAGUGAAGUUCGUAAAUUUGCUCUUUCUGUGGAAGACCAAGCACCACAGGAAUCCCAGACUGGCAAUAAAAAUCAGAAAAGGCAUCAUCAACCAGACAGAUUACACUUAAGCUUACUGAAAGCGUGUGAUGCCUUAAGGAAUAAUCUAGCACCCCUUGGAGUCCACAUUAAGGAUAGAGGCACCAACUCCACGUGGGAGGUAACAAAGGCAGAGACGAGGAAGUAGUCCCUAACUGAAUUUUAACAAACUGUAUUGAUUAGGACUCAGUUUAAGCGCUUUAAUUUUUUUCUUACUAAUGCAACUAAAUCUGGAAAGCACAUUUAUGUAUUAUUGUCAUUUUCAAUAAAUCUGUUAAAUGUUUAUCAUAAACUUUUGAUACAA